AUGGCGACGGCGGCCCCGGCAGCAGCGGACUGCCGGGUGCGCACCCUGCUCGCGGCGGCGCUGUCGAGGACCACCGCCGCCUUCCUCUUCCUCUCCGUCGUCGCCGUCGGGGUGGUCGUCUCGGGCCGCUGGAUCACCGCAGCCACCACCGCUGGACGUCUGACUCGCCUCCCCACCACCGCGGCCAUUCCCGCCGCCGCCGAACUCCAACACCCCGAAACGCAACCGUUACAAAACCUCCCACCGCUGCCGCCGCCUCCUCCCCCUUCCCGACCACCAGCUCCCUCCUACACCAUCUCCUGCCCCAGCCUCAACCUCUCCAAUCCCGCCAAAGCGUCCAAAACCUCCCAAACCCUGGCGCGCGUGCUCUCCUCUCCCUCCAUCUGCCCCGCCUCCCCUAGCCCACCGCCACCCCCGCCCUCCUCCGCCGCCUCGCCAUCCUCUAACAACACCUCGUGCCCGUCCUACUUCCGCUUCAUCCACGAGGACCUCCGCCCAUGGUGCGCCGCGGGAGGGAUCACGCGCGCCAUGCUCGACCGCGCCCGCCUCACCGCCACCUUCCGCCUCGUCGUGCUCGGGGGCCGCGCCUACGUCCAGCGGUUCCGCCCGGCGUUCCAGACACGGGACCUCUUCACCAUCUGGGGCGUCCUCCAGCUGCUCCGUCGCUACCCCGGCCGCGUCCCCGAUCUCGACCUCAUGUUCGACACCGUCGACUGGCCUGUCGUCCGCGCCCACCUCUACCGCGGGAAGUACGCUGAGAUGUUGCCACCGCUUUUCCGCUACUGCGGGGAUGAUAAAACGUUGGAUAUCGUCUUCCCAGAUUGGUCAUUUUGGGGAUGGCCGGAGAUCAACAUAAAGCCAUGGGAUGCCCUGCAGGAGGACUUGAAGGAUGGUAAUAACAAAGUGAGAUGGAUGGAUAGAGAACCUUAUGCUUACUGGAAAGGGAAUCCAUCAGUUUCUGCAACACGUAAGGAACUGGUUAAGUGUAAUGUCUCUAGUACACAUGAUUGGAACACAAGGAUUUACGCUCAGGACUGGUUCAAGGAGAGCAAGGCAGGAUAUAAGGACUCAGAUUUGAGUAGUCAGUGUGCUCACAGGUACAAGAUCUAUAUUGAAGGAUCAGCAUGGUCCAUCAGUGAGAAAUAUAUACUAGCAUGUGAUUCAAUGACCCUGUUGGUUACACCAAGAUACUAUGAUUUCUUUUCAAGGUCACUUAUGCCGGUUCAGCAUUAUUGGCCUGUUCGGGAUGACAAUAAAUGUGCCUCCAUAAAAUAUGCUGUUGAUUGGGGCAACUCUCACAAGCAAUUGGCACAGCGCAUAGGAAAGCAAGCAAGUAAUUUCAUUCAAGAAGAGCUCAGUAUGGACUAUGUUUAUGACUACAUGCUUCAUCUUUUAACUGAAUAUGCCAAGCUCCUAAAGUUCAAGCCCACUAAGCCACCUGAAGCUGUUGAGGUCUGUUCAGAGUCUUUGGUCUGCCAAGCUGAAGGCCUCGAGAAGAAGUUUCUUAUGGAAUCCAUGGUGAAGUUUGCCCGUGAUGCAGGCCCAUGUGAUCUGCCUCCUCCCUUCGACCCUCAUGAGCUCAAGUUGCUAAAGCAGAGGAAAGAAAAUUCAAUAAAGCAGAUUCAAAUGUGGGAGCAAAGAGAUUUAGGGUCUUAG